AUGGCUUCUGGCAAUACGACUACUUCAGCUAUAAUAAAUAAUAAUGCACCCACUAAUCAAAUCCAUAAUAACACAUCUCCGAAUAAUGUAAGUAUUUCAAAUAUUAAGACUCGACUUAUAUCUUUAUUCAUUAAUGAAUCAAAGGUUCUUUUUCUCUGUAUUCGUAAGCCAACACUGGAACUGAUCUUAGCACUAGCUAGAGAAUGUGCAAGACAUCUCAGAAUUGCUGAUAUUAAUGCUAGUGAUGCGAAGAAGAAAGAUGGUUAUAGGGAUCAUUUGCUCAAAAACAAAUCGUCUUGGAAUUCUCUAAAAGAAUAUAUUGUUGAAGUCACAUUAAACAUGAUCUGUUUCUUUAUGCGUAAAAAUGUUGACCAUGCGAUUUAUAAUAAUGCUACAAAGGUCCAACGAGCAGGAUGGCGAAAUGCAAUGCUAGUUGAUUUGCAUGCUCUUGAUCGUAUUACAGUUGAUAUACAUAUUGUUUCUAAGAGUGGAACGACAUUAGCACAAGAUAUAGAUAUUCGUAGUUAUGUAACCUUGUAA